ACAUGUGUGAGGCUUUUAAUUCAUCGAUUCUAAUUCCGAGGGAAAAGUCCAUUGUUAAUAUGUGAGAGAUGAUCAGGUUAAUGGCCACAAAAAGGAUUUCAAGGAAGAGAAGAUCAAUUCAUAAAUGGCAUCAAAAUAUAUCGCCUAAGGCUAAAAAACUACUCGAGUUGAGUAAAUCUAGAUAUCACGAAUGCCACUUGGAUUUCAAUGGUAGUACAGGUUAUGAAAUAACUCAGGGUGAUCAUAGACACGCGGUGGACCUUAUAAAUGAAAAAUGUUCUUGUAGACUUUGGAAUAUAAGAGGUAUUCCUUGUACACAUGUUUUUUGUGCAAUUUAUCAUUCAAGUGGUAAUAUUGAAGAUUAUAUUUCUCAUUGGUAUAAGAAGGAUACUUAUCUCAAAGCAUACAUGGUUGAUAUACAAACUUUGAGAGGACCAGAAUUUUGGAAGAGUGAUAUUAAAGAGAAAAUUUUAUCACCAAAACAGGGGAGGCCACUUGGUAGGCCAAAGACAAGUAGAAGAAGAACUCCUGAAGAACCAAAAUCUCAUGGAAAAAGGUCAAGAAAAGGAAGAAAAAUGCAUUGCACUAAUUGUGGAAAAGAAGGGCAUAACAAAAAAGGAUGCAAUACUAUAGCUAGUGGUGGAAUUGCCAAUGCUCCUCCAAGCGACGAUUUAGGCACAUACACACAAGCACAAUCUUUGCAAAGACAUGUCCCACAAGGACAACCCUCACAAGAACCAUUCUCACAAGGUCAAUCUUCACAAAGACCAUUCUCACAAGGCCAAUCCUCACAAAAAUCGUUCUCACAAGGUCAAUCCUCACAACAACCAUUCUCACAAAGACAAUCCUCACAGGGAGAAUUCUCGAGUCUACUUCAUAAUAUUUUGGGUAAUAUUAAGAAACUUAUAACUUAUGAUAUUAUUUUAGGUACUAGAGCAGUUACACAUUCAGGUUCAGGUGGAGAUGGAAGAAUUGGUGGAGAUAGAGAUAUAGAAAUUGGUGGAAGUAGAGGUGCAAGUGAACCAAUUAUUAUUGGUGCCACUCAAUUACAACAUGAUAUAAGGCCACCAGGCUUGAUGUGGAGAAGUACACCGGCUAUUUCAACUAGACAACUACAAGAUGCAGUCAAUGAACAAAAAAGGAAAUUGUUUGGAAAAGACAAACUUACUAAGUGA